CCUAGUUAUCUUGUUAACGUUACUUGUUAGGGAAUUUCCACCCACACUUUAGCCAAAGUUUCAGAUGGACAGGUUUAUGAAACGGAUCUUCGCACUGCUGGCAGUUAUUGUGCUGAUAUUUACAAUAGCUGUUUUCUACGACAAAAUAAAUACGACCACGAGAGAGAUACAUGUCAUCCCUCCGGUGUACUGCAUGCAACUCCGUCACAAGUUUGCCAACAUCGCUUCAGCCACUAAUCCAGCACAUCACAGAUUUGAUUUCAAGAACUUCACUGAGGAUCUCUCAGCAUUGAUGAGGUGUCCACCAAUGUCCAAUAUCACCCAAAAAGAACUAAACAGAGCAAGACUGCGCGCCUGUUGUAAUGCAACAGGUAUUUUAUACUACAAUAAGCAGAACACAGCUGCCAAUCAGAAUAUUACAUAUGAGACGAGCUCAAAGCAAAGCUAUCAUAUAAAUAAGGAUUUUUACAACAUGCUUCCUGAGGAUUUUCCCUGGAGUGGACGUACUCUCAGUAACUGUGCUGUGGUUGGGAGUGGAGGGAUUCUGAAGAACAGUAGCUGUGGAAGAGAGAUCGACACUGCAGACUUUGUUAUCAGGUUUAACAUGGCUCCCGUUAAUGACAGUGAUGUUGGGCUAAAGACUGAUUUAGUUACCAUGAAUCCCUCUCAGCUCUUAGGCUACAAAAAUUUGAAGUCUAAUCCAGGUCCAUUAGUGGAGCGUGUGAGUGUGUAUGGAAACUCCAUACUGAUCAUUUCAGCGUUUAAUUAUGCAGCCAACACUCGGCUAUCCGUCAAUGCGUUCAAAGUGCUCCAUCCAAUCAGACCCCAACAACAUAUGGUCUUCUUUUCCUCCAGUUACAUGAAGAACCUGAGUGGUUUCUGGAAGAGGCAGGGCCUGAAAGGCGUUCACCUUUCCAGCGGGUUCAGGUUAAUUAAUGUGGCACUAGAGGUGUGUGAUCACGUGCACGUGUAUGGAUUUUGGCCAUUUGAUACCAAUCUGGAGCAGCAGAAACUUACACAUCACUAUUUUGACAAUGUAGGACCCAAACGUGGUGUUCACGCAAUGCCAAAAGAGUUUCUCAACUUACUGAAGCUUCACAGCCAGGGGGCGCUAACACUGCACCUACAGCCCUGCUUAUAACAGAUGUUCUCCUGUUGCUAUUUAAUGGUUGGUUGGUGAGGGGGGUUGCUGUGAAUGUUUUUGACCUUUGGUCUGCUCUUUGGUGUAUAAAACUAUUUAAAUAUUUUCUAUUUUCUAUCUUGG